UGAUCAAUACAUACUCAUCAUUUACUAUAUCCCAAUUUUCAUACUACUUAGAGAAAUUAAUGGCUUUUAAGGCUAAAUCAUGGUUGAUUUUGCAUCUUCUUCUCUUGCUUGCAUAUUUCAUGCAACAUUGUGUCUAUGGAGAAUUCACUCAAGUGCCCUGCCUUUUUAUAUUUGGUGACUCAUUGUCUGACAGUGGGAAUAACAACAAUCUUCAAACACAUGCAAAACCUAAUUACAAACCAUACGGCAUCGACUUCUUAAAAGGACGUCCAACAGGAAGAUUCACCAAUGGUCGAACAUCAAUUGAUAUAAUUGGCCAACUACUUGGAUUCAAGAAAUUCAUCCCACCCUUUGCAAACACUAUUGGUUCAGAUAUACUUAAAGGUGUUAACUAUGCAUCUGGUGCAGCUGGAAUUCGCAAUGAGACCGGCAAACGUAAUGUGGGUGAUAAUAUCGCCUUGGGAUUACAAAUAAAAAAUCAUAAAAAAAUAGUUUCCAGGAUUGCUGCUAAGUUUGGAGGUUUGCCACAAGCCAAGCAUUAUUUGAACAAGUGCUUGUAUUAUGUUAAUAUAGGAAGCAACGACUACAUAAACAAUUACUAUCAGCCCUUACUCUACUCAACAAGUCACAUCUAUAACCCCGACCAGUAUGCUAAAGUUCUUGUCAACCAAUUAUCCAAUUAUAUAGAGACUUUGCAUGAAGUUGGGGCAAGAAAAUUCGUGCUAGUUGGGUUGGGACAAGUAGGUUGCACUCCACAUGCCAUUGCUACAAGUGGGAAACCUGGAUUAUGUGCUGAAAAGCAAAAUAUUGACACAUUAAUUUUUAGUCACCAGCUUAGAUCUCUAGUGGAUAAAUUCAAUAUCCAACAUCUUGAUUCAAAAUUCAUCUUUAUAAAUAGUACUGCUGGCACUCUAGACAGAUCACUUGGUUUUAAAGUUUUGAAUGCUCCUUGCUGUCCAAUGGGGUUGGAUGGGAUGUGUAUUCGUGAUUCAAAACCAUGCUCGAAUAGAAAUCAGUACAUUUUUUAUGAUGGAUUCCAUCCCACAUCAGCUCUGAACAACAUCACUGCAUUAUCUUCGUACAAUAGUGUUUUUAAUCCAAAGAUGACAUAUCCAAUGGAUAUCAAACACCUUGCUCAAAUCUAAAAAUGUCCUUAUACGCUCAACUUGUUUGUAUAAAAGAAUAAAAAGUUCGCUUAAUCAUCUAUUUGUAUUAAGCAAUCACAUAUAUUGAGUAGAGUGAGGAUUGAUAUCAUAAUCCUUAAUGUUAUUUUGGGGUGUUGAAAUUAUUUCUCAUCAGUUGUAAUAAUGUCAUAAAUUGUAACAAAUUUGAGCAUAUCCUUGUAAUCAAUUUGAAUUUAUUUUUAUGAUUGAAAAAGGUUGAAUAUGACCAAAAAAAAAA